AAGAAUAAAGGGACCGCACGAUCUGCCUCUACACCCAGAUCAGAUGUGCCCUUUGUUUCACGUCCAUUUGCCCGCACUCAACCCUUCACACGACAACUCCAUACCUCGAUUCCCGAGAAAAUCAAAUCUGCCUCUAAAUGGAGUCCCGGAAAUUGGCAGCUUUACUCUCCUCCUUGAUCUCCGAACUCCUCAUGCUCCUUCUACUUCUCUUCCCUUGCUCCAAUCCCCUCUCCCUUACGUCCGAUAACAAUUCUAAUUCCCAUCGUAAUUUCUAUUCCAAUUCCAAUGCAAAUUUUUUACCUCUCAUCCACCACUUCUUCUUCUCCCAAGAAAUCUCCGCUUCUCUCACCCUCCUAUCUACUUCCCGAAAACGCAAGCGAAUCCAUUUACCUGAAAGAGAUUCUAGACCUACAGAUGACAAAGAAAACCUAGGACUCGGUGAAGUCCGGGUUGAAUUCGGACCGAAUCGUAGCCCCGACUCGUUCAAGAAUUGCUUCAGAAUGAACUCCUCAACCUUCGAAUGGCUCUCCGGCUUGCUCGAACCUUUACUGGAGUGCCGCGAUCCCUCCGGUUCACCCUUAAACCUCUCUGCAGAGCUUCGGCUCGGUCUCGGCCUGUUUCGCAUAGCCACCGGCUCCGAUUACCGCCAGCUUUCCAAGCAGUUUGGUGUCUCGGAGUCCGUAGCAAAAUUCUGCACCAAGCAAUUGUGCCGUGUCUUAUGCACUGAUUUUCGAUUCUGGGUCACUUUCCCGGCCCCAAACGAGCUCGAAUCCGUGGCCACAGCGUUCCAAAGCCUUACCGGAUUGCCAAAUUGCUGUGGAGUACUUGAUUGCGCAAGGUUCAAAAUUGUUCCAAAAAGCCAUGUGCCCAAGUCACCAAACGAUGAAGUUCAAGAAGACAGAAUUGCUGCUCAAAUAGUGGUAGAUUCCUCAUCGAAAAUUUUGAGUAUUGUAGCGGGAUUUCGAGGCAAUAAGGGCGAUUAUGAGGUUCUAAAGUCAUCAACUUUAUACAAGGAUAUUGAAGACGAAAUGUUACUAAAUUCACUUUCAGUGACUAUAAAUGAGGUGGCUGUGAAUCAGUAUUUGGUUGGAAGUGGUGGGUACCCUUUGCUUCCUUGGUUAAUGGUACCAUAUGUGGACGCUUUGCCGGGUUCUUGCGAAGAGAAUUUCAAUAAGGCGCAUGGUUUGAUGCGUGUUCCGGCACUUAAAACCAUUGCUAGUUUGAAGAAUUGGGGCGUUUUGAGCCGGCCUAUAGAGGAGGAGUUUAAGAAUGCUGUUGCUUAUAUUGGUGCUUGUUCGAUGCUUCAUAAUGCGUUGCUAAUGAGAGAGGACUAUACGGCAUUGUGGGAUGGGUCGGGGGAUUGUGAUCAGAGCACUCGCUGCUAUAAAGAUAGUGGGUUGGAGGAGAAUUUGAUUGACAGCAAGGCCUAUGUUAUCAGAAGUGCAUUGGCUAGGAGAGCAAAAGAGUCAAGUGAUUAAGCUUGUUCUCUGUUGGUCUCCCUGGUUUGGUGCUGUUUAAAAACUAAUCAUGAGUCAGCUUCUUGUGAAUUUUGGAAAGGCGUGGGUGACCCCUAUUCUGAUCAACAUUUUUGAGAUUGGUAAUUAAGAUUUUUUAGAAAAGAAGAUUAUAGAACCUUUCUUGCCUGUAGCUCCAGUUGUUCCAUUUGCUCCCCAAUUGAUUUGUUAAGAUGCAAACACUUCAGAAUCCUUAGCAAUGCAGACGAUUCUCUCUCUCUCUCUCUCUCUCUCUCUCUCUCUCUCUCUCUCUCUCUCUCUCUCUCUCUCUCUAAAAUUAACAUGUACUGGACAUGGGUAGAUAAUUCUCAACUUUUUGAGGGC